AUGCCGCUGCUGCCAGUGCCGCUGGACACCGCCUCUGCCUCUUCAUCUACGUCCCAGCAGGCUGCGACCCGCGCAACAGCAGCCGGACCGGCUGCUGAUGUCCCCGCAGCCUCGCAAACCUCCACCACCACCCACUGGCAGCUGAGCUCUCCAGAAAGUCACAGGCAUCGCAGCGAUGGUCACGUGGCUCAGCGCGGUGCCGUCUUCGAGUACGCCUCCGAGGCGGUCACUACCCUCGAGCAGCAGUACGGCGAUGCCCUACAGCGCCUCAACACAAUGCACCGCCUCUACGAUCGGCUGGACGCACACAACCGCACCCUCGCGUCCGAGUUGAAGCGGGUGCGUCAGGUGAGCGACGCCCUGCACAACGGUGUUGCGUUUCACCUGUACAGCAGCGUGCGGCAAGUGAAGCACGAGAUGAAGCUGCUGAAGCAGUAUGUUGAGCUUCUGAGCUCCAACUUUAGCAAUCAGCUGCAUGUGCUGCAGCAAGUUGUCGGUGAAGAGCUGCCGCACAGCGCGGAGGGGCGGCUCCAACCGAUGGAAACGCGAGUAUCGAUCGGCGCAGCCAGCGGUGGAGCACGCUCGCUGGAACGUGUCACCAAAGCACCCUCCCCAGUGCUCGGCCGACACGUCACCAGGGCUGGUGGCGGCGUGGGCGCGGGCACGCAGUUCUACAGUCAAGAUUACUGGUGGAACGUUAUGUCACCGCAUCCGAUACGGCCGCCGUCCAGUGCACACACUCAGACGGCACCGGCAGACAUGGAUGCUGGCGGCUGGGCUGACGUCGUGAAUGGCUGCGAUAGAGGCACCACCGAGGGUGAGCGAGACCUUUCACCACCAGGCCAGCUGCCUCUCAGCAUUGAAGACAGCAGAGAGAACAAUCUCUUGAUCCAAUCGUCAGGAGAGGCACUGGUGUCUCGCCGCGCCUACCGGGAGGUGCAGGAAGCCCUUGCAGAUGCCCAGCGGCGCGUCGUCGAACUGGAGCAGACGUCCUCGAAUCAGCAAGCGGACUACGAGAACCGCAUUGCGCAGCUGAAGGCUGCCCAUCGAGCCAAGGAGGCGACGCUGAAGGAGGAACUUGCACUGCAGCGUCGGCGAGCAGAACUGGCGCAGGAUGGUGAACCGCAGAAAACCGCACUCUCGACGGGGCUGCCGGGCCAAGCAGCCGGUCUCGUGUCUCCUGCGGAUGUCAAUCAGCUGGUGCAGCUGCUUCUUGAGCAUCAGUAUCAGCAGCCCACAGCGAAGCAGCGCCCCGGUGCCCCUUCGAAGACGUCGAGUCCCGCCUCGACAGUGCAGCCACCACGGCAAGCGCGCCACAAAGCCGUUCGAUCGCCUCUGCGAAAGUGGGAGGAGGCUGAUGAGACGACAGGGCAGAAGGACAGCCUGCACGGCAGCGAAGACACGUCCGCCACCACCAACGACUCCGACCGCGACUGUCGCCGCCGCGCUGCGCACCCGUGUGCCACCGAGUCUGCCCCCGCCUCGAACACAGACGACGGCAACGGUGAUUUACGCCCUUCCUUUGUUCGUCCAAAGCGGCGUGUGCUGCGGGCGAUCGCGAGCAACGGCAGUGGCCGCAACCGCACAGGCGCUGAUGGAGAUCUGCACAUGCCAGACCGCUACUCGCCGGCCGCAGCAGCCCGUCGCGUCGAGCGCGCUGGUGAGAUGCUGGGCUGCGAGGCGCGUGACGGCGAGAGCCAGCAGCAGGGUCAGCGAGCUCAUAGCAGCAGCAGCAGCGGCAACCGCCGCCAAAGAGAGAAGGUGGUGGCAACAGAGGCAGCCGGCGCCACCGCCAGCGUGCGGCGGUCGCUCGCGUAUGAGCGGUUGAUGGAUCACUCACGUGCUGCCUCGACAAGUGCAGAAGGGUACGCCUCCCAUAGUGGUCGCUCCGCAGCGCGUACGCGGCCUCGCACGGUCAGCGACGCGGACGCCCCGAGUGUGCCGAAGCGCCGCUCCAGCCGCCGUGGGCAAAGCGCCGGUGGUGCUGCCCGAGACCCGCGACAUGGCGGAGGGGCCGGCCCCGAGCUGCUGCGAUCGCUACUGUCACGGGUAGAAGCCGUCGGCGUGCAAGGCGGCUCACGGUGCGCGGUGCCUGCGCCGAAGCGCGUGCGGCCUGUGCAAAGCCAGCCCGACACCAAGGUCGAUCGCGUGGCGCAGGGUAUUUGGGCGCAGGAGCUGCUCAAGGAGCGCAGAUGCCUAUAG